GCAUUGCGCUUGGUUUUGUUACAAGUUUCUGGCUGUGCAACCUGUAAACAAAGGAAAAUACGUUACUGAUAUCUGUAUAAGGCCGCGAUCUCUAUGACCAGCUUGCUAGACGAAUAAGUCAAGCUUCGAAGCAAUCGAUGGGAUGACCCCUCCAGACCAUUUGGACUUUACGCUCCCAUCUAUCCGUUGUUUACUCCUUACGUCACAAAAGCUUGGAUAGAUCCAUCGAGCCUCGUUAGUUUUGAGACGUCUUCUCUGACCUUUGCUACUAACCCACAAUAUCCUCUUUGGCUUUCCUAAAUCAGGAAAUUUGGAUUUUCAUAAUUCUUCGAUUCGGUCCUUACCUGCAACUAGAUCCUGCACGCACUUUCAGAUUGCGUUCAGCGUCUUUCUCUUUGACUCUGAUUUUCUGCAAUUUGAAUAUUCACGGCCUGCACCAUGGCUGGGGCCAGCGGUUGGCUCACGCUCUUCCUUUGUGGCUGCUGUGUGGUUGCCCUGGAAGCCCAGGCCUGGGAGCGGUGCGGCGCAGAACACCCUGUGGUCGAGCACUACGUGGCCGCCGUGUACGAGCACCCGUCUAUCCUGAGUCCGGACCCCCUAUCGCUCACCACCCGGAAGCAGGCCUUGGAGCUAAUGAAUCAGAACCUCGACAUCUAUGAACAACAAGUGAUGGCUGCAGCCCAAAAGGGCGCGCAGCUGAUAGUGUUUCCAGAAGACGGCAUCCACGGGUUCAACUUCACAAGAACUUCCAUCUACCCGUUCCUGGACUUCAUGCCCGCGCCCCAGUCGGUGAGGUGGAACCCAUGCCUGGAGACCCAGCGCUUCAAUGACACGGAGGUCCUCCAGCGCUUGAGCUGUAUGGCCAUCAGGGGGCAGAUGUUCCUGGUGGCCAAUCUGGGCACGAAGGAGCCUUGUCACCUGGGCGACGCAGGGUGCCCCGAGGACGGCCGGUUCCAGUUUAACACAGACGUGGUUUUCAGUGACAACGGGACCCUCGUGGACCGCUACCGCAAACACAACCUCUACUUCGAGGCCGCUUUUGACUCCCCUCCCAAAGUGGACCACAUCACCUUCGAUACCCCCUUUGCUGGCAAGUUCGGCAUGUUCACUUGCUUCGACAUCCUGUUCUUCGACCCUGCCAUCUACACCCUCAGAGACCCGGAGGUGAGGCACGUCGUGUACCCGACCGCCUGGAUGAACCAGCUCCCGCUCCUGGCAGCUAUUGAAAUCCAGCAAGGCUUCGCCUCUGCCCUGGGCAUCAACCUGCUGGCAGCGAACAUCCACCAUCCAUCUCUGGGGAUGACAGGGAGUGGCAUACACACCCCUCUGCAGUCCUUUUGGUACCACGACAUGGAGAGCCCCGAAGGUCACCUCAUCAUUGCCCAAGUCCCCAAAUACCCACUGGGCCACAGUGAUAUGGAGAAUGCACGCGGGAAGGCGGGGUCGUCCCACGCCAAGUUUUUAGAGAUCUUGACAGGCGACCCAUCCUGCGAGAAGGAUGCCCAGGAGGUGCGCUGUGAAGGAGCCACCAGGUGGAACAUGAACAGCGCCCCCACGUUCCACUCGGAGAUGAUGUACGACAACUUCACCCUGGUCCCCGUAUGGGGGAAGGAAGGGCACCUGCAUGUCUGCACCAACAGCCUGUGCUGUAACCUGCUGUAUCAGCGGCCCGGCCCGGCCAUUGAGCUGUACGCCCUGGGGGCCUUCGAUGGCCUCCACACGGUGCACGGCACAUACUACGUGCAGGUUUGUGCCCUGGUCAAGUGUGGGGGCCUCGGCUUAGACACCUGCGGGCAGGAGGUGGUCGAGGCCACGGGGCUAUUUGAGUUCCACCUCUGGGGGAACUUCACGACUUCCUACAUCUUCCCUCUGUUUCUGACCUCGGGGAUGACCCUGGAAACCCCUGACCAGGCAGGCUGGGAGAAUGACCACUAUUUCAUGAGGAAGAGCGGGCUGUCGUCUGGCUUGGUGACAGCGGCUCUCUAUGGGCGGCUGUACGAGCGAGACUAGAAGUGGCCAGGGUGGGCGCUGGCCACCCUGUGGACAGCCUGCACUCCACGGCCACAGAUGGCACGCCCUGGACUGACCCUCUGCCCCAAGGGGGAGGCCGCUCCUCAGCCCGAAACCCAGCCUGGGAACAAACUGUGGGAAGAAUGGAGCCCCUCAUUAGGUCCUCCUGGUCGCAAGAACCACUGACACUUGUCCUUGGACUUUCUGCUCAUGUUUGUCUCUUUCCGACCACACCUUUCUCCAACAAAUCAGACAAAAAUAAAUGUCCCUUUCCAUGUUAAA